UUGCACUCUGGGACUUUUAUGUAAAACCAACAUGGCGGCCGCCUGCACCAGAACGCUCUGUAAGGUCGGCAGGAGUAUUUUGGAGUCUCCAGCCGCCCGCCGGCCCGGUACCGUCUCCUACUUGGUGGGGAAUGGGAGCUCACGAGGGUCCAGGAGGGCGUACGGUACCGGUGGGUACCGCUCCGAGCUGGUGUCCUCUCUGCGGACAGGAGCAGGAGGCAGAGUGCUGGGCUGUGCCGUCCUGCUCGGUGGAGGUCUGGGUCUAUAUCACACCGUGAAGUUCAGGGUCCAGCAGCUCCUGGCCGAGGAGGAGACCAAGGUCUCGGGAGGAGGUCUGAAGUUGACCCUGUACCAGUACAAGACCUGCCCGUUCUGCAGCAAGGUGCGAGCGUUUCUGGACUACCACGGGCUGCCGUACGAGAUCGUGGAGGUGAACCCGGUGAUGAGGAAGGAGAUCAAGUGGUCGGUGUACAGAAAAGUUCCCAUACUGAUGGUGGAUGGCAAUGUGCAACUGAACGACUCAUCCGUCAUCAUCAGCUCCCUCAAGACAUAUUUAAUCAACACGGAGAGAAGCAUGUCUGAGAUCCUUCACUGCUACCCUGAGAUGAAGUCCGUGAACGAACGUGGGAAGGAGGUGACUGAGUACAGCAACAAGUACUGGGUGAUGCUGGGUGAGGCUGAGAUCACGGAAAUAUACCCCGAGAAGGGAAUGCAGAAAGAGGAGAUGAAGUGGCGUCAGUGGGCCGAUGAUUGGCUCGUGCAUCUCAUAUCUCCCAACGUGUACCGGACUACCGGCGAGGCCCUGGCAUCCUUUGACUACAUUGUGCGCGAGGGCAAGUUUGGCACUUUUGAAGGUUUCUUUGCCAAAUAUGUCGGCGCUGCGGCCAUGUUUCUCAUCGCCAAAAGGCUGAAAAGUCGACACAACCUGCAGGACGACGUCCGAGAGGAUCUCUACAAGGCCGUCAACGACUGGGUGGCAGCCGUCGGCAAGAAGAGGAAGUUCAUGGGUGGAGAUCAGCCCAACCUGGCAGACCUGGCGGUGUUUGGCGUCCUCCGAGUGAUGGAGGGCCUGCAGGCGUUUGACGACAUGAUGGAUAACACCAAGGUCAAACACUGGUACCGCCGGAUGGAGAGGGCGUCGCUUAAUCACGAGGGCCGACAGGACUGAAGCUGACCUGGAGUCAAACGAGGAGAGGGAGAGGAGAGGAGAGGAGAGGAGAGGAGAGGAGAGCAGAGCAGAGCGCACAACACCGAGAGCUUCCAGCCUCAGAAAGACUGAACAGUAAACGGCCAAGACACCCAGUCGGAGACCGGCGGCAGGAAGCAACAAGUCCUGCAAAAAUUGUACAACGGUUUGAGAACGGUCACCACUGCAGUGAUUUAUUUUAUUUUUUCUUCCUGAUUAAAAACACAUGCGUUUCAUUUUUGAAGGUAAAGAGAUCACACACAUGAAAAUACUGUCUGCAGGUGGCUAAUUUGACCAUUUAAUAACCAAGCUGCUUAAAUCUGCUGUUCAUUUUAGGGCAUUUUACUGACCUCUACUGGUGAUCUGUGGGAACUGAAUCUAUUCAAAGACAUUUCAUUUAACACGGUAAAGGCACAUUUUCAGAAUACAAACAAAACAAAUAAUUUGGCAUAUCUUUGAUACAGCAAUUCUAAAAAUGUCCUCCACAUAGGUUUGCUUACUUUUUCAUUAUGGGGUGGUGAAAAUAUGGUGUAUUGUCCCUUUAAGACAGCCUACAGGGUUUCCAUGCAGAUCAGGAGAGUUUUACACAUUUACAGGCCUUUAAUGGUGGCACAAAAAUUUUUACAUAUUUUUUAGUGACCAAAAAAAUUGCAAUAUGGGAACGGCUAUUUCACACACUACUGUAUAAUUCUUUAUUUUGUUUGUGUUAACAUGGUUUAUUUCAGUGGUUGUCAACCAAAGAUGUUGUUCCUGCAAGGACUCCCAAGCUUAUAUUUAUGAAAAAUAAAACUGCUAACAUCAGCUAAGUUUAUCACUUAAUUUGAAGGCAGACACAUUCAGAUCAUCACCGCUUUGUCUGGAAUAAAAGUAGUCGUUUAGAUUGUCUUCGAGGUUCAGUAGUUUGUGUGAACUUGUUCCAGGUACCGUGACAUCUCUUAAUUUAUUUCAUGCGAUUGUUUCUCUGGAACUGAGAUCAGUAAGUUCUUGUGCUGGUGUUCUCUUGAGGGUAAAAUGUAAGAACUGGUAAGCUGGCAGUUUGAAUGUACUUAAUAUGCAAAACUGCAGAUCAAUUUCUUGAAGUAAUUGUAUUAAAACCAACUCAUGUGCAUAGUUGUAAAAAGAUGAAAAUAAAAAAGGAAACCUGGA